AUUGUGUGUGGGGCGGUCUUACCAAUUACCACUCCUACUUAGUUUCUCUGCAUGGAUGACAGACGAUCACCACAGUUCACUGUGAGGAGGAUGGCGGAGGAGCUGCACCCAGCCGAGCACUGGUACAGGUGUAUCUCCAGUUGGCUUCCAUCUUGGUGCCCCACCUCCCUCUCUCAACUAAAGGAUGCAGAGGACAAGAUGCUCAAGGCUGUGAAGACCCCAUUCUCCAGGCAAGAUGUCCCGAUAUCCAAUGGCAACUAUGUCUGGACCAUAGCCUUCAACGCCAAAGAAUAUCCCUCACUCCCCCCCCAGCCCCAGUCUAAGCCCCAGCCUCAUCCCUCUUCUCCCCAGCCCUCUCUCCAGUGCUGUCCCCGUCCUCCGCUAGUGUUGCUCCAUGGGUUUGGGGGUGGUGUGGGUCUGUGGGCUCAGAACCUGGACUCUUUGUGUGGCAGUGGAGCCGUGUAUGCCCUGGAUCUGCUGGGGUUCGGUCGGAGCAGCAGGCCCCUGUUCAGCGUGGACCCCCAGGGGGCAGAGGAACAGUUCAUAGGGGCCCUGGAGGAGUGGAGAGACAGGGUGGGCCUGGAGGAAAUGAUCCUGAUGGGACACAACCUGGGAGGAUACCUGGCUGCUGCUUACACACUUACACACCCACACAGGGUGAAACACCUGAUCCUGGUGGAGCCAUGGGGGUUCCCGGCCCGCCCAGAGAGCAUGGAUCAGGAGAAGUCUAUCCCAGUGUGGAUCAGAGCCAUGGGGGUCGUCAUGAGUCCCUUCAACCUCCUGGCUACACUAAGACUGGCUGGACCACUGGGUCCUAUGUUGGUCCAGACCAUCAGGUCAGAUUUUAAACAGAAGUACUCUUCAGUGUUUGAUGACAACACUGUAUCAGACUACAUCUACCAUCUCAAUGCACAGACACCCAGUGGUGAAGCAGCGUUUAAGAACAUGACGGUACCAUAUGGCUGGGCUAAGAGACCGAUGCUGGAUCGUAUCGUACACAUCCGACCCGACAUUCCCAUAUCCAUCAUCUAUGGAUCCCGAUCCAGCAUCGACAGUGACUCGGGAUACACUCUCCAGAAAACCAGACUGGAUGUGGACAUCGUGGUGAUAAGGGGAGGAGGUCACUAUGUAUUUGCUGACCAGCCAGAUGACUUCAAUCAGAACAUUCUUCACAUCCUAGCCAGGAUGGAUGGAGUGAAGGAUGAGAGGAGGGAGAGAAGGAUGAGAGGAGGGAGAGAAGGAUGAGAGGAGGGAGAGAAGGAUGAGAGGAGGGAGAGAAGGAUGAGAGGAGGGAGAGAAGGAUGAGAGGAGGGCGAGAAGGAUGAGAGGAGGGCGAGAAGGAUGAGAGGAGGGCGAGAAGAAUGAGAGGAGGGCGAGAAGGAUGAGAGGAGGGAGAGAAGGAUGAGAUGAGGGAGAGAAGGAUGAGAGGGAUGAGAGGAGGGAGAGAAGGAUGAGAGGAGGGAGGAGGGGAGAGAGGCAGAGAAGGGGGAGGGGAGAGAGACAGAGAAGGAGGAGGGGAGAGAGGCAGAGGAAGGGAGGAGUUGUGGCAGGAAUAACCUUUUGGCUCUGAGGAGAAGGACCAUUGUUAAGUUCAGACUGUAAACAAACACCCUUUCCUCACUGAGGACCUACUAGAGCUGACGGUUAGAUCAUGAUCUAGGCUGAUAUGGGAUGAUUAGAUAAUGAUCUAGGCUGAUGUAGGAUGAUUAGAGAAUGAUCUAGGGUUAACCAGUACAAAGUUGACUGUCAUGGAUAUAUACAUUUUUUUAAAGAAAUGUCAAAUGUAUUUUCUGCAGUUCUUGUUAUCUUUUCUUAAAGAAAGAAUAAUGAACAUGGAUUUUAAUUUAGUUUUUUUUUGGACUAGUGGACAUAGUACCAUGUCUCAAAGCUGCUGCCAGUAGUCUAACAGCUCAUGUUCACAUUCACAGAGUACCGGCAAGCAAACUACAGGAAUAAACAGUGUAAGACAUUUUUGGUUAAAUUAAAGGAAAAGCUUGUUUUCUGUUGUGAACUGGAACAAAGUUGACUGGGAUUUUUCUUUCUUACUUUCAGGGGUAUAGUGUUGCCAGAGCUCAGAGAAGCUUUGCUCCCUCACUAAAAAAACAAAUAUUGAGCUGGUUGAAACUAUUUAGUUAUUUUGAGCUGGUAAAAAUAUUUUUGUAAAAUAUAUUCUAAUAAAUUCUAAAUCAAUUAUAUUUAAUUAAAUUAAUUAAUUAAACGACAGAAUGAUGAAACAAAUCAAGAUGUAGAGCAGCCUAGAGGUAGGUCAAUGGGGUAGGUCAAUGGGGUAGGUCAAUGGGGUAGGUCAAUGGGGUUGGUCAAUGGGGUAGAUCAAUGGGGUAGUUCAAAGGAAGUAGGUCAAUGGGGUAGGUCAAUGGGGUAGGUCAAUGGGGUAGGUCAAUGGGGUUGGUCAAUGGGGUUGGUCAAUGGGGUAGAUCAAUGGGGUAGGUCAAUGGGGUAGGUCAAUGGGGUUGGUCAAUGAAGUAGGUCAAUGGGGUAGGUCAAUGGGGUAGGUCAAUGGGGUAGGUCAAUCUGGCAGAUCAAUGGGGCAGUUCAAUGAAGUAGGUCAAUGAGGUUGAUCAAAGGGGUCCUUUAUCUUCUCUCUGGUGGUGACGAGAAUAAUGAAGAACUAUAGGUUACAUGAUGAAGAACCAUAGUUUACACAUCUGCACUGCGGAGACCCAUCGGAGGCUUGACCACAUUAGCCAAUCAGAAAUAAUAAAAAUUCAAUGUGUGUCUCCCUUGAUUUUCAUAAACCCCCCCCCCCCCUCUUGCGAAGUGGAACCCAGAACGAUAUGUGACCAUUUGGUUACGGCGACACCAUUCUGCCGAGGACACCCAAACCAGAGUGGCCACCGCAAAGCCCAAGGAGCCUGACCCUCUCUGCAAGUUGCUGUCUCCCUUCGUGGGAUAUUUACCCUACAUUGGCUAUUGGUUGAGGCACAGGGCCUGUUCCAGCUUUGUAUGUCAGGGUGGGCAAUUGGAAACGUGAAUUGGGCCAAGUUGGAGGUAAUAAUGUAUUUCAGUUAUAGUUUAUUGAGAUGGAUUAAUACAAUCCCAAUCAAAGGCUGUUUUUCCUGCAGUAGUAAUGAUUUAUGCUCACUUGUUGGUCAAUUGAUUUGAUAGCAUGUUUAAUCUAUGCAAAUUAAUGAUAUGAAUUGAUAGUUCACCACUCUUUUAUUCUGUAAUAGGGUAUAUUGUAGCCAUGUGUUGGAAGCUAAUCAAAUCAAAGUUGAUUUAUGAUACAAUGUGUAAGUGACACAAAUACAAUGAAAUGAAACUCGCAAUAAAGCUCUCUUCGCAAACAGUGCAAUGAUA